CUCAAGCUCAGCUCACCCUCUUAUCAAACGCAGUUUCAGUCAGAACUUCGUCAGUUUGCAUAAUCCAAAGCAAGCAUGGUUUCGAAAGCGGUUUGCGUGCUGAAAGGUACCGGUGAAGUGACUGGCACGGUCUAUUUUGUCCCAGAGGAUGAUGCUGUCAAGGUCACCGGUGAAAUCACUGGCCUUACACCUGGAGAGCAUGGUUUCCAUGUCCAUGCUUUUGGAGACAACACAAAUGGCUGCAUAAGCGCAGGACCGCACUUCAACCCUCACAAUAAUAAUCACGGGGCGCCAAAUGAAGAGAAGAGACAUGUCGGGGACCUUGGUAAUGUGAAAGCUGAUGGCAAUGGUGUUGCAAAAAUCCACAUUGUGGACAAAUUUCUGACACUGACAGGGCAGCACUCCAUCAUCGGAAGGACCAUGGUGAUCCAUGAGAAGGCAGAUGACUUGGGGAAGGGUGGCAAUGAUGAAAGUCUUAAAACGGGCAACGCUGGAGGUCGUCUGGCCUGUGGGGUUAUAGGCAUCGCCCAGUAAAGCCCAUAGAUGAGCCCAGAGCCAGUCUAGAAAUAUUGGUGACCAAAGUAUAGAUGUCUCCUGAACGCACUUAGUCCAUUCAAAGUCAAUUUCUAUUUUUGCAAGUUAGUCUGUGAAGAACGGUAUAGCCAUUAUCUACUCUUUUUCUGAGUACUCUUCUCUGUGUUUGCUGAAUGGGUUCCAUCUGUCUUAUAUCUGCAGAAUUAUGUUCAUUUCCAAUGGUGUUUGCUUGACUCAAUAAACAGUCAGAUUACUGGU